AUGGGUGCUGGCAGCCUCCGGCGGGGCGCGGGCCCUCCCGACGGCGGCUGGGGCUGGGCUGUGCUGGGCGCCUGCUUCGUGGUCACCGGUUUCGCCUAUGGCUUCCCCAAGGCUGUGAGCGUCUUCUUCCGUGAGCUCAUGCGCGACUUUGGUGCCGGCUACAGUGACACGGCCUGGGUGUCCUCCAUCAUGCUGGCCAUGCUCUAUGGCACUGGCCCUGUGUCCAGCAUCCUCGUGACGCGCUUUGGCUGUCGCCCAGUGAUGCUGGUGGGUGGGCUGUUGGCCUCGGCGGGCAUGGUCCUGGCCUCCUUCGCCACACGCCUCCUGGAGCUGUACCUGACGGCUGGGGUGCUCACAGGCCUGGGCCUGGCCCUCAACUUCCAGCCGUCGCUCAUCAUGCUCGGGCUCUACUUCGAGCGGAGGCGGCCUCUGGCCAACGGGCUGGCGGCGGCGGGCAGCCCCGUGUUCCUGUCGGCGCUGUCGCCGCUCGGCCAGAGGCUGCUGGAGCACUUCGGCUGGCGCGGCGGCUUCCUGCUGCUCGGGGGCCUCCUGCUGCACUGCUGCGCCUGCGGCGCCGUCAUGCGGCCGCCCCUGGAGCCGCGCGGGGCCCGCGCCGGGGCCGCGGCGGAGCAGGUGGAAGCGGGCGGCGCGGGGCUGCGCCUGCACGAGGCGCCCCCUGGCGGCCGGACCCGCCGCCGCCUGCUGGACGUGGCCGUGUGCACCGAGCGCGCCUUCGCCGUGUACGUCGUCACCAAGUUCCUGAUGGCUCUCGGGCUCUUCGUGCCCGCCAUCCUGCUGGUGAACUACGCCAAGGACGCGGGCGUGCCCGACGGUGACGCGGCCUUCCUGCUGUCCAUCGUGGGCUUCGUGGACAUCGUGGCGCGGCCGGCGUGCGGCGCCCUGGCGGGCCUGGCGCGCCUGCGGCCGCGCGUCACCUAUCUCUUCAGCCUGGCCCUGCUGGCCAACGGGCUCACGGACCUGGGCAGCGCGCGCGCGCGCUCCUACGGCGCUCUGGUGGCCUUCUGCGUCGCCUUCGGCCUCUCUUACGGCAUGGUGGGCGCGCUGCAGUUUGAGGUGCUCAUGUCACUCGUGGGUGCGCCCCGCUUCCCCAGCGCACUGGGUCUGGUGCUGCUCGUCGAGGCCGUGGCCGUGCUCAUCGGACCACCCUCUGCCGGACGCCUGGUGGAUGCACUGAAGAACUAUGAGAUCAUCUUCUACCUGGCCGGCUCUGAGGUGGCCCUAGCCGGGCUCUUCUUGGCCGUGGCUACCCACUGUGGUCUGCGCUGCUCUCGGGACAUCCCGCCUGGCCCGGGUGCUGAGAACGGGGCCAGUGGCACCGAGGAUGCUGAGGCUGAAGGGGACUCUGAGGCUGAAAGGGACACUGAGACGCUGCCUGCUGGUGCAGCAGACCCCGGCAGCCUCGAGACCCUGGAGGUGCUGAGCCCCCAGACCAGGCUCAUGGAACCUGAGGCAGAGGCGGGGCCCAGGCUGGAACCUGAGCUGGACGCUGGGCCCGACCCUGAGCCAGACCUUGAGUCAGACCCUAAGCCAGGGCAGCAUGCAGCACAAUAA